UCAGUCUGUUGAACUGCAUCGUUACAAUUAGUUCAUAACGAAGCUUUGGUGAAUUUUGAAUCGCUCAGAACUUAUUGCUGAUAAAAAAAAACUGAAAAUAAUUUGAAAACUUGAAGUAAAAUGACGGAAUAUGUCAAAAUUUCGACCAGCGCUGAAAGUGAAGAGCUCAAAUACAUGUCUGGUUUUGGUAAUCAUUUUGAAUCUGAGCAUCCGGAGUUCCCAGGCUCGUUGCCUAAGGGCCAGAACAACCCUCAGAGAUGUCCAUACGGACUGUAUGCCGAGCAGUUGUCAGGAUCGGCAUUCACAGCUCCACGUGUCAACAACAAAAGAAGCUACUUGUACCGAGUAAGACCAUCAGUGAUGCAUUACCCUUUCCAAAGGGCAGAUGAAGAAUUGGAAGACCUCAUAGCCUCAAUCGAAGAAAAAGAACCCACUCCUCCCACACAAUUGCGAUGGAAGCCAUUCAAACUGCCAGAAAAAUGUGGAAACAAUCAAAACUUUGUACAGGGGUUGAGGAGAGUGUGUGGCGCUGGUGAUCCGAAGACACGAAGUGGUGCAUGUGUUUACAUCUACUCAUUCAAUCAGCCCAUGAUUGACAGCGCAUUCUACAAUUCAGAUGGUGACUUUUUGAUAGUGCCUCAGAUGGGAAUCCUCAAGAUAACAACUGAGUUCGGCAAAAUGGAAGUCAGACCCAAUGAAAUAGUUGUCAUUCAGAUGGGAAUGAAGUUCCGAGUUGACAGUGAAGGUACAUGCAGAGGAUAUGUGUUAGAAGUGUUCGACGAUCACUUCGCUCUUCCCGACCUGGGACCCAUCGGCUCCAAUGGUCUAGCCAACCCUCAGGACUUCAUGUCUCCAGUUGCCGCCUUUGAAGAUGUACCAAAUGCUCACUUUGAGGUCUUCAAUAAGUUCCAGGGACACUUUUUCAAAACACACCAGGAUCACUCCUGUUUCAACGUGGUAGCCUGGCGUGGAAACUAUAGUCCCUUUAAAUACGACCUCAGCCGUUUCUGCGUCAUCAACUCUGUCAGUUUCGACCAUAUUGACCCCUCCAUAUUCACAGUGCUCACCUGUCAAUCAAAUAGAGUGGGCGCGGCCAUUGCUGAUUUUGUGAUAUUUCCUCCGCGAUGGGCAGUGGCUGAAAACACGUUCAGACCGCCAUAUUACCAUCGAAACUGCAUGAGUGAGUUCAUGGGACUGAUACACGGAGCUUAUGAGGCGAAGGGCGAUGGAUUUCAACCCGGCGGUGCUUCCCUCCACAGCAUGAUGACAGCACAUGGACCAGACGCCGGCUGUUUUGAGGCCGCCUCUAGCCAGUCCCCUCUCCUGCCUCAGAGAGUAGCAGACGACACCAUGUCCUUCAUGUUUGAGUCAUCACUCAGCAUGUCUUGCACCCAGUGGGCCCUGGAUACAUGCGAGGUGCUGGAUCAGAACUACUACAAAUGCUGGCAAUCGUUGAAGUCACAUUUCACACCUGGCCAGAUUUGAAAAGAAAAACAAAACAGAAAUUCAAAAGAUGUAACAGCCAGUUGAAAAAAAAAGCAGAACCAAAAAUCAUCUCAACCUAUGUGCUCUUUUACCGGCAUAUUUAUUAAAAUUUUGCUUUUAGAAAUGAUGAAUCGGAUAACAGUUUUAAAGUUUUUUUUGCUA